AGAGGCGGGGUGGCAGGCGACUCCAGUUUUCCUCCGACUUCCGGACAUCUCCCUGAGAGUCGCGCGGAGUGGAGUCAGAGGCAUCCAGUCCUCGCUCCGGUCUCUGGGGAUCCGGACCGCGGCGGCGGCCCCGCGGACGGGAUGUUCCGGGGCUUGAGCAGUUGGCUGGGCUUGCAGCAGCCGGCGACAGGCGGUGGGCAGCCCAAUGCAGACGCUCCACCCGAGCAGCCAUCCGAGACGGUGGCUGAGUCCGCGGAGGAGGAGCCGCAGCAAGCGGGAGACCAGGAGCUCCUCCACCAGGCCAAAGACUUAGGCAACUAUUUAUUUAACUUUGCAUCUGCUGCCACAAAAAAGAUAACUGAAUCAGUUGCUGAAACAGCACAAACAAUAAAGAAAUCCGUAGAAGAAGGAAAAAUAGAUGGCAUCAUUGACAAGACAAUUAUAGGAGAUUUUCAGAAGGAACAGAAAAAAUUUGUUGAAGAGCAACAUACAAAGAAGUCAGAAGCAGCUGUGCCCCCAUGGGUUGACACUAAUGAUGAAGAAACAAUUCAACAACAAAUUUUGGCCUUAUCAGCUGACAAGAGGAAUUUCCUUCGUGACCCUCCGGCCGGCGUGCAAUUUAAUUUCGACUUUGAUCAGAUGUACCCUGUGGCCCUGGUCAUGCUCCAGGAGGAUGAGCUGCUGAGCAAGAUGAGAUUUGCCCUCGUUCCUAAACUUGUGAAGGAAGAAGUGUUCUGGAGGAACUACUUUUACCGCGUCUCCCUGAUUAAGCAGUCAGCCCAGCUCACGGCCCUGGCCGCCCAACAGCAGGCCGCAGGGAAGGAGGAGAAGAGCAAUGGCAGAGAGCAGGAUUUGCCACUGACAGAGGCAGUACGGCCCAAAACGCCACCCGUUGUAAUCAAAUCUCAGCUUAAAACUCAAGAGGAUGAGGAAGAAAUUUCUACUAGCCCAGGUGUUUCUGAGUUUGUCAGUGAUGCCUUCGAUGCCUGUAACUUAAAUCAGGAAGAUCUAAGGAAAGAAAUGGAGCAACUAGUGCUUGACAAAAAGCAAGAUGAGACAGCCAUACUGGAAGAGGAUUCUGCAGAUUGGGAAAAAGAACUGCAGCAGGAACUUCAAGAAUAUGAAGUGGUGACAGAAUCCGAAAAACGAGAUGAAAACUGGGAUAAGGAAAUAGAGAAAAUGCUUCAAGAGGAAAAUUAGCUGUUGCUGAAAUAAAAGAAUAAUCCUUAACAGUCUGCAAACUGACAUUAAAUUCUAGAUGUUGACGCUCACUGAAUCAGAAGGCAUAAAAAAGUAUAACUUCAUGAAAUUCAAAAUUACUCUUUUCAAGUUGAAACUUGCCUCUUCUACUUUAAAAAAGUAUAUAGAACAGUUACUUCUAAUAAUCAGAAAGAGAUGUUUUGUAGAACGUUUCUUUAGUAUAAAUAGAGUUAGAGAUGUCCUCGUAGGCAGUAUGGCUAUCUUUGCCACAGAAACAUAAGUAAAAUUUUAGAGUUCUGUUUUCCAUGAGGUCAAAAAUACAAUUUAUUCCUCAGUCAUGGUUUUCUAAAUAUCUGUACUCCACAUUCCAUUUUAAUUGAUAUGUGAGUGUUAAAGUACCUACUUAAUGGGUUGAUUACUAUCAAAAUGACCAAAUUAUACCAAAGAACUUAAGAGGGGCCGGGCGCGGUGGCUCAAGCCUGUAAUCCCAGCACUUUGGGAGGCCGAGACAGGUGGAUCACGAGGUCAGGAGAUCGAGACCAUCCUGGCUAACACGGUGAAACCCCGUCUCUACUAAAAAUACAAAAAACUAGCCGGGCGAGGUGGUGGGCGCCUGUAGUCCCAGCUACUCGGGAGGCUGAGGCAGGAGAAUGGCGUAAACCCGGGAGGCGGAGCUUGCAGUGAGCUGAGAUCCGGCCACUGCACUCCAGCCUGGGCGACAGAGCGAGACUCCGUCUCAAAAAAAAAAAAAAAAAAAAAAAACUUAAGAGGAAGCACUUUCAGAACUAUUUGCUUGCCAGGUAUUUUCUAAAAUUCCACCUGAAAGCCAAAAGAUAAAAUAAAUAAGUUGAUUUUAAUGAUAUAAACAUCACACAAUUUUACAUUAAGAAAUACUGUGCAGGCCAGGCAUGGUGGCUCAGGCCUGUAAUCCCAGCUCUUGGGAGGCCGAGGUGGGUGGAUCGCUGGAGGUCAGGAGUUUGAGAUCAGCCUGCCCAACAUAGUGAAACCCUGUCUCUAUUAAAAAUACAAAAAUUAGCCGGGCAUGGUGGCGGGCACCUGUAAUCCCAGUUGCUAGGGAGGCUGAGGCAGGAGAAUCUCUUGAACCUGGGAGGCAGAGGUUGCAGUGCGCUGAAAUGGUGCCAUUGCACUCCAGCCUGGGCGAUAAAGCGAGACUCAGUCUCAAAAAAAAAAAAAAAAAAAAAAAAAACUGUGUGAAAAUAUUUGUUUUUCUCUGGGGCCUUUUCUUUCUUUUAUUUUUAAAAAUACCAGAAAUUGUACAUCACAGUUUUUAUACAAAGUAGGACCUUCCAUCCUUUUUGUAUUAUAAUAACCUUCAGAAGCUCAUUCCCCUGCAAGGCUGUUGUUCUUGUUUUAAUCAUCACCACAUACAAAUGUUUGAGCUUUGUCUUAAACUGAGUCUUCAUAAAAUUGUGUUCCUCCGAGUUCACCUUCUAGGACUUUAUUGAUUAAUCCUUCUGUUUCUGCUACACCAGCAGACACAUGUUCAUAGAAUAUGAUUGUUUUUAAAGAACAAGGUGAGGAGGCUGAGGCAGGAGAAUCACUUGAACCUGGGACGUGGAGGUUGCAGUGAGCUGAGAUCACGCCACUGCACUCCAGCCUGGGUGAUAGAGUGAGACUCUGUCUCAAAAAUGAAUGAAUGAAUUAAUGAACAAGGUAGUUUAAUGUCAGAAAACUUCCUAAGCAUUUGCUCUCCAAACCUUUCAUGUUUUCCAAGAAGCCUUUAUUACAUAAAGGGGAAUAGAAUUAAAAUGUUUCUUUAUAAGAAAAAUAUACAUAUUUGUGUUCUUGGCCCCAUUAAAACUAGUCAGUAGUCCUUUGGCAAAGAUAUAGUCAGCAGGAGAACUGGGUAUGGGUGCAGGCAUUACUCCUGUUCAUAGUUGCAGAUGCGUGUGUCUGAAUGAGCCAGACUGUCCAUGAAACCACUGGCCCCAUCAUCAAAAGGUUUCCACUUGUGGUCCCACAGUUGCUUAUUACUGACUUUGGGUUCCAAGAUGACUGGCAACUUCUGAAAUAAUCUCAUUGCAGGAAAGAGUUUCUUUUUUUUUUUUUUUUAAAAUAAGAGUUUAUUGGAGGAAAAGAGGCAUGUUAAAUGUGUUUAAGCAGCUAAAAGUCCUAGAUGGAAGCAUAUCAGGAUGUGUCGGUGCUUGGCUCUUAGUGAAUGCACUAAAAUUCUAAUUGAUAAAUGUUGAAUAAACACACCAAAAAAAGUAUCAGAGAAAGAGAAAAACCCUAAAAUGACAAUAGAGGUGUGUGACAGUUAUUGCUAUCAAUUUUAUAUUUAAAAACAACCUAAUUAUGCAUUGCCCUGUGAAAAUAAAAGGAUAAAAUAAGAUUUUGUACAUACUGUAA